AUGCUCUGCUUCUUAUUUUUAGUCAUUUUGAUCUUAGCCAUGGCAGAAUUUGUUGUUGGAAAAUUUGCCAAUGUUUUCAUAGUACUGGUGAACUACAUUGACUGGGUCAGAAAAAAAAAGCUCUCUUUAGCUGAUCAGAUUAUCACUGCUCUGGCUAUAUCCAGGAUUGGCUUGCUUUGGGUAAUAAUAAUAAAUUUGUUUAUAACUGUGCUUAAUCCAGUUUUAGAAAGUAGCAAAAACAUUUAUUUUCUCAUGGCCUGGUCAAUAACCAAUCAUUUUAGUACCUGGCUUGCUGCUGGCCUGAGCAUAUUUUAUUUGCUCAAAGUAGCCAAUUUCUCCAACUUUGUUUUUCUUCAUUUGAAAAGAAGAGUGAAGAGUGUCAUUUUGGGUAUACUGUUGGGGACAUUUGUGUUACUGCUUCUUCAUCUUGUGAUGGUGACUGGACAUGAGACAAUGAGGACAAAGGAAUGUGAAGGAAACGGCACGUGGAAGAUGGAACCGAGGGACACCGUAAAUAACACUUUACAUGUAGCUGUAUUUCAUCUAGUGAUAGCCACGCCUUUUUUUGUAUCCCUGAUCUGUUUUCUGUUGUUAAUCUACUCCCUUUGCAAACAUCUUAUGAAGAUGCAGGCCUAUGGCAAGGGAUUGUGCGACCCCAGCUCCAAGGCGCAUGUGAAGGCUUUGCAAACAAUGAUCUCCUUUCUCUUGUUAUUUGCCACAUACUCUUUGUGUGUGAUUAUAUCUAAUUGGCUUUCUAUUUGGUGGCAACACGAACUGCUCUUGUUCUCUGAAGUUGUUGGGACCUUUUAUCCUUCAUGCCAUUCAUACGUACUGAUUUGGGGAAAUAGGAAGCUGAAGCAGGCAUUUCUGUCAGUUCUUUGGCAGGUGAGGUGCUGGCUGAAAAAAUGGAAGCAUUCUGCACCAUAG